AGUAACCAUGCAGAUGAACAAUUAACUAUAAACAGGAGUUGCAAUUAAACUAUACAACAGGAAGCCUAAGUAAAACAACAGAAAAUAGUUUCCAUGGAUGAAGUCAAGCUGGCAUAUAUAAGCUCAGAUGAGUGUGAGGCCCAGGAGGUCAGGACUCAGAUGGACUCCCUCCCAGACCUCCGCAACCAGAUCCUACAGCUACUCGUCACCAGACUUAAUGACAACUCUAUAAUGGUGCUGCAGGAAAAGCUGCAGCUCAUGCAGAGGAGCUCGUACUACUUGGAAAUCAAGCGUGAUGAUUUGCUACCAACUGCAGACCAGCAGCAGCACACUUUACAUUUGUCUGAAAGCACGGUGUGGUCCCUCAUUGACCAGCGAAGGCUGCGGUGUGCCAUGACCCUGGCUAACACCCAGGUGAAGCUCCUCCUUGCUCUUCUGGGAAUGCUCUACCAAGGGAUCAUCACAGGAUGUCAGGAGCUAGAGGCCCUCAUGAAUAAGUACGACCAGGGUUUGGUGGACAGUGACAUGGCAGCUUCCACGCAGCAGAAGCUCAAGCAAAUCCAUCAGUAUGUGAACGACUUUGAAAGCAGAAUGAGUCAGAAUCUUGGCCUGCUGGACCUGCAGAACCAGCUCAUCCUCAACACAGGCACCUUACCCGUACCACAGCUUAGUGCAUUGCUGGCCAUCAAGAUGCCUGUUAUAUUUAACAGGUUCAAGUCGUGCGCAACAUCCCACACAGUGCAUCUUUUUUGGGAAGUUGCAGGACUGCAGUCGAAGGGUCCAAAUCAACAGUUUGUGAUCCAGGUAAAGAGCCUUCACCCAACCAUUGGUGAACAUGGCCAGUUUACUAAAUCUACAUCUCAGUCGUUCAACAUAGAGGUCAACGACCUAACGCCCGACAGGUACUAUCAGUUCUCCGUCAAGAGAGUAGAGGCUGUAAACUUGGUCUAUGGACUGUGGAUUGACACCAUCAUCCUGAAGACCUUAGCCAUUUCCCAGUAAGAAAUGAACAUAAGGUUAAUGAAGAGAAUUUACAGUUUGUGUAUAGUUAUAAACAUAAAUAUAUUUGACCUGCUUUUUUUUGCUAAUAAAAUAACUUGAAUUGAAAA